CGUCCGAGCCUAUCAGAGUCCCAACUCUCCUCCUCCUCCACACUGCGCCUAAACUUGGGCGCCUUAACAUCUCACUGCUUCCUGGAGACUUUCAACAGUUGCAAAACUCUCUUCAAUAGGGCAUUAAAAAGGGGGGUGUGGGUUUGGAAUUAACAGCCUGCCUGAAGCCCCGCUGGGAAGGGGAACUCCUGCCUCAGAAGCCCAACGACUCCAUCAGUUUCCUACCCCCCCCUCCCCCCCUUCAUCCCACUUUCCCAAGCACCCCCCCCCCCCCCGGAAGAUCAGAGCGGUGCGAGGCUGGUCGGCGGAGGCAGAGCGGCGGACAGGCUGAUUACCGGCUCCCGUGAGCAGAGAGGGAGCGCUACGUGCACCCCGGUCCACACCACUUUGUGAUUCGCUCGUUAUUCUUUUUUUGGUGCAAACCAUUCUUUCUGCCCACUCCCUCCCUCCCUCCCCCCCCCCACCCCGAUACAUUCGUUUCGAUACCGAUUCUAGAAUGACGUCUCUGACCGGGACAGUACCGCGGAUGAUGCGACCAAAUCCAGGUCAGAAUUACAGCAGGGCCGGAUUCCCAUUAGAAGUGUCGACGCCUCUGGGCCAGGGCAGAGUUAACCAGUUGGGAGGAGUGUUUAUUAACGGCAGACCCUUACCGAAUCAUAUUCGACACAAAAUAGUGGAAAUGGCCCAUCACGGUAUCCGGCCCUGUGUCAUAUCCAGACAGCUGCGAGUCUCUCACGGCUGCGUUUCCAAAAUCUUGUGCCGCUACCAAGAGACUGGCUCUAUCCGGCCCGGGGCGAUCGGAGGCAGCAAGCCCAGGCAGGUAGCAACGCCUGAUGUAGAGAAAAAAAUCGAGGAGUACAAGAGAGACAACCCGGGGAUGUUUAGCUGGGAGAUCAGGGACAAGUUGCUGAAAGACGGGAUUUGCGACAGGAGCACCGUGCCUUCAGUGAGUUCCAUCAGUCGGGUGUUAAGAGCCAAGUUUGGAAAGAGAGAUGAUGACGAAGAAAUGGAGAAGAAAGAGGAAGAAGGGGGCAGAAAGACUAAACAUAGUAUUGAUGGAAUCCUCGGGGAGAAAGGUAACCGACUGGACGAUGGGGCCUCCGACGUGGAGUCAGAGCCGGACCUGCCUCUGAAGCGGAAGCAGCGGCGCAGUCGCACCACCUUCACCGCCGAGCAGCUGGAGGAACUGGAGAAAGCCUUCGAGAGGACCCACUACCCAGACAUCUACACCCGAGAGGAGCUAGCCCAGAGGACCAAGCUCACAGAGGCACGGGUCCAGGUGUGGUUCAGUAACCGUCGUGCACGGUGGCGUAAGCAGGCCGGAGCCAAUCAGCUGGCAGCCUUCAACCACCUGUUGCCGGGAGGUUUUGCGCCCACUGGAAUGCCAACCUUACCCCCAUACCAGUUGGCUGAGUCAUCGUACCCAUCGACCGCCCUCUCCCAAGAUGGAGGGAGCACAGUGCACAGGCCCCAGCCACUGCCACCAUCGUCCAUGCACCAGAGCGGUCUGGCAGUCGCCGCGGAGAGCGCCUCCUACGGCCUGGCGUCCAAUCGGCACAGCUUCUCCAGCUACCCCGACAGCUUCAUGAACCCGACGGGACCCAACAACAUGAACCAGGUCAGCAAUGGACUCUCUCCACAGGUGAUGAGCAUCUUGAGCAACCCCGCAGCCGUCUCUACUCAGCCGCAGCACGACUUCUCCAUCUCGCCGCUGCACGGGAGCCUGGACACCUCCAACCCACUGUCCGCCAGCUGCAGCCAGCGCGUCGACUCCAUCAAGGCAGUGGAGAGCCUGCCCACCUCUCAGUCCUACUGCACGCCCGCCUACAGCACCUCUGGAUACAGCAUGGACCCCGUGCCCGGCUACCAGUAUGCCCAGUAUGGACAGAGUGCGGUGGACUACCUGACCAAGAACGUGAGCCUGUCCACACAGAGGCGGAUGAAGCUGAGCGAGCACUCGGCUGUCCUGGGAUUACUGCAGGUGGAGACGGGCCAAGCUUACUGAGAGCCGGCGGGCUCCGCGCAACGUCCCCGAGGGAACCUGUGGCCGGGCGGGCGAGCGGCCGUCUCUGACACCCCACCCGGCUGGGCAAUUCCAGACACCUCUCCAUCUCCGCCCUCCUCCAUCGGCGCCCCGCCAAACCCACCCGCCACACGUGUAUCUCCAGUCCCGGCCGAUGCUUGCAGCUUAGAAUCGCCCCUCUCCCGUAUAUACGGUACACUGGAAGCUCUGUAAGAGUGUAAACUUUUUUAAAUUGCUGUUCAAAUUGCACCCCCCCCCCCCCCCCCCUCCCUCUUCCCCCUUGACCCGACACAAACUCAGAGCCCAGAGGCGGAGCUGUGACCCUUCCACCCCCCACCCCGCCACUAAUUCCGUGGACACAUGGGCGCUGGACAAAGCAGGAGAGAAGUCCAGGGGAUAACCUGCUCCAACGCCUCUUCUCGCCAGCCACGAAAUCCAAACUUCAGGCGUACAACGUCAGGGCAGUCCGUGCGCCGGCUUCGCCCAUCCAGGUAGCGACUGAGGUCCCCGCCGUAUCAGAUGAAGGUUCCGCUCCUUCAGCUGGAAGGGGAGAUUGUGCUGAGAAGCGCCCGCUUUCUGGGAGCCUCCACUCCUGCCACAGAAUCUUCAGAUAGACUUCAGCAAGAAAGCGCCGUGCAGACACCCACAAACUGUGUGUUGGGACUUGGGGAGGGUGGGUUGGGUCGCAAGUAAACGUCUGUGAUUUUUAACUAUUUUUAAUUCUAAUGAAUGCAAAGUAUCAAUGGGGGGUUCAAAGUACAUAUAAACAUUCCAGCGUGGAUUUACAGGAAACUGUUUGACUGUGUGGCGCUUGGCGCUGAGUUAUCCGUGUAGUUUGUUUCUAAAGGACUCUUUUUUUGAUUGAGGUUUAACGGUGGGUCUCAGACCCGCGCUGUGUCCUGUCUCUGUUACCCUGCCCUUAGUCCAGGAAGAAUCGUUCAUAAAAGGGGGAUUUUCGCGUCACCUAGAUAGUGGCACGGGGCAGCUUAUAGUUUCCAAGAAGGUUGUUUCAAUAUAAAUGGACUCGGAUAUUUCACAUCUUGGUGAAGAAGUGUGAGUUUCAGCAAAAGCAAGGACUACAUUCCCCGGUAAUGGGCUCCUUGUGGAGACUGUGGACUAGCAGAAUGAAGGGGUUUUGGUAAUCCAGUCAGUCCUUCCUUCACGCUGAACCGUCCCUGUCCCCAUUACACAUGGACGGCGCUAUCGUAACUUGGCAAAGCUCUCCUUCGCCGCUUCUGGCGCUGAGCCAGGGGAGGACGUUUAACCCUCUCUUGCAGGAUGUGGGUUGCACGCAUUUUUAUGUAAUAAAAAAAAAUAUUCGACAGAACUUUACCGAUAUUCUAUAGACAUUUUUUGGCAUGUUAAGUACUGAAUAACACUUUUUCCUCCCCUUCCCCUCCCUUCUAUGCUGUAAGCUGUAUUGUAGACCCUUCUGGCCUGAGUGAAUUUAAUGGAAAUUUCAGGUAAUUAUUUGGCAACCUGCCGCUCUACCUAUAACUCCCAUGAAUAAGCGAGGGUGGAAUGUUUUCUCGGAAGUUCACCCCGAGAGCUCCACCAGCGGCAGCAACCGGUUCCUGCCCUCGCCGUGGAGAGACAACUUUGACUUCACACGGCUCCCACACCCGCUCCUCCCAGCAAGCCUGUACUGCCUUGUCAACUGGAGCGUGGAAAUCAGGCGCCGUUGCUCCCAGGCCCGGGUUCCAGAGGCCACGGUCGGUCUCGCAUCCACUCUGGGACAUGGUAAUCAUUAAGAUGCAACCUGCAACCUAUUUACCGACGGCCCCGUGGUAACAUGGUUACAGGUAGUUUCCCAUGACCAAUCCACAAAUCAAUUUGGUUUCGAUGACCCAAGAUGUUUGAUUGAUACCUAAAACGCAGUCUUCCCCGCCUCACCCCCGUCUACACCCUCCUGUUUGAAGUUGAGAUCAAGUGUUUAUGUCGAGACUCGAUUCCGUGUAAAGAAGAUUGCUCUUCCUCCCCACGGUCUCUCUCAGGAUGAGGGUUAAAUGGGUCCAAGGGUUUAUAGAGGACUUUGGGCCAAAUUAGGAAAACGGGACCAAUCCAGAAUGCCAACUUGGUCGGCAGGCAGAGGAUGGGCCGCAGGGCCUGUUUCCGGGUUGUACAGCUCUAUGACUCCUAAGUACCCUCUUAUUUCCACAGCCCCCUGGGCAUGACCAGGGUUGGGGGUUCAACCCCUCGGAGCCCGCUGGCACCUUUGGUUGGAAGCUCCACUGACGUAUCUCGGUGGCAACGUUCUUGAAUUUUAAAAGAGAAUCGUGGCCCUGGGAGGGAAACAAGGCCCACGCGACUUCCCACCAAACCCUCCUCUGCCUCGACAGUUGCAAUACUUUUUACGACUAAUUAAUAGAAAUCCGCGGUAGGCUUCUGCUUUUUAACGCCACCCUGCUGUUUUAUCCCCUCCACUCUGAUGCUGAACGUUUCAUUCCAAUGUCCUCCAAUCAUUUCGGAACCCAGCUUCGUGGGUUAAUUUUUUUGGUUGGGCAAAACUUUCGAGAAAGAGAAAAAUCAAAAUGCAUUUGGUGAAAAAAGAUGUCAAUUUUCUAAAAAGCUCCAGGAUCUGGGAAUCAACUUCUGGGUAAAUCCGGUCACAUUACAAGGUUGUCCCUGUAGUUUCAGUCAGACGCACCUCGUAGUUCCAUUAAAUUCUCAGUCCAGCUCAUCCUUGAGCCAUUCACAGAGUCUUCAACCCUCUUCUUUCCACCAUCCUUCCUUAAUCCCUGUCGCAAUAAGUCGCCUAGCUUCUGUGCUUGUUAUAAUUUGAUUGAGCAUGUGUGUAUAUAAAUCCACUGCCUAAUUUAUUCUGCUACAUUGUUAAUUAUAGAGUAGAUGGGAACCUGUACUCGCAUUUACAUACAGUCACUAGAUGUCUGGCUCUGUAACCUGCUAUAAUUGUUAUCUCAUUAAAAGUUAACUGAAACUAG